UAUUAUCCGUACACUAAGCAAGCAGGCUCACCUUUACCUGCACUUCACACUUGUCAUUGUCAUUGUUCCCACCAUGGACUACAAACACAUCCCUCUUUAUCUUCUUGUACAAUUUCUACUUUUUACAGUUCAUGGCACAGCCAACCUGGAAAAAGAGCAUAUCAGGACCACCGAGGCCAGUGAAAAACCACCCUAUGGGCCAGUGGGUCAUACCAUACUUGGUCCAGAUGCAGUCACAGUGGGAGUGCCCAGCAGCUUUUUGUGCUCUGCUCAGUGCUCACCUGAAUGCAGUUAUGCAGUCAGUAUUGAUAAUCACAGUGUGGAGCAAAAUGAGCUGGCAUUUACCUUAAGCCAUUGGGAGGGAUCUAAAACAGUGACCUGCACAGCUCAAAACUCUGUCACAGGAAGUUCUUCCACAGUCCGAAAAACUCUGCACAUUUUGGAGGGGCCAGUAAACAUCUCCAUCAGUGGUCCACAGACACUCACUCCUGGUGAGACUCAGAGGUUUCUGUGCACUGCAACAUGCAGGCCUUUCUGCAUCUACACAUGGAUUGUUGAUGGAGAUUCGAUCGCUGGCUCUGGAGAUGAAGUGGUCUUUAGACCACCUUUAGAAGCCACCUCAGGGACACUCAUCUGCAAAGCCACAAACAGUGUUUCUGGGUUGUUUUCUACAACUGUUCUAAAACUAAGCAUUCCAAAGAAGAGAAUGAGUUUGGAAGAAAAGGAAUUUCUUGCUGCCAGCCCUUCUACUGGGGACAAAACCUCUGGUCCAGAGGGUCUUAGCUUUUUUGGUCCAGAUGCAGUCACCGUGGGAGUGCCCUCUAGCAUUGAAUGCUUUGCUCGGUGUUCACCUGAAUGCAAUUACACAAUUGGUUUUGAUGGCCAGAGUUUGGAAGGCAAUGAGCUGGCGUUUACUUUAAAGCAAUGGGUGAGCUCCAUAACAGUGACCUGCACAGCCAAAAACCCUUCUACACAAAAGUCCUCCAGCAUCAGCAAGACUCUACAGAUAUUGGAGGGACCAGUGAACGUUUCCAUCAGUGGCCCAUUUAAUAUUACCUCUGGAGACGGUCAGCAGUUUUUAUGCAGUGCAACCUGCAGACCCUCCUGUAACUACACCUGGGUGGUUGAUGGAGAGUCAGUUGCUGGGUCUGGAAAUGAGGUGAUCAUCAAGCAGUCUAUAGAGGCCACCGCAGAGACCCUCAUCUGCCAAGCCACAAACAGCAUAUCUGGAUUGUUUGUCACAGCAAUCCAUGAAUUCAGUUCUUCAAGAGACUCUGCUGGGUCCUCAUCAGAGAAAAUGGAGCUGCUGCCAAAACUGCUGUUUUCAUGCAUGAUGUCUGUUUUCUUAUUAGUAGUUAUUCCAUCAUGA